GAGACUGUUGGGCAGUCAAAGUUAGUGAAUUUUGCGGAUUUUGUGAACAAUUUCUUGUGAUUGUAAUACAAUUUAGUGUACGAACUAAACCGGCAGAAACAAUGUCGGAUGGCGACGUUUUCAUCCUGGACAAUGGAGCAUUCUACGCGAAGCUGGGAAUGUCCGACUGGGACAAGCCGAAAACCGUACUGAACUGCAUCACCAAAGCCAAAUCCGAGCGGCGUCGCCCGUUCAUCGGCAAUCAGAUUGACGAGUGUCGAGAUGUCUCCGGGCUGUUCUACAUUCUGUGCUUUCAGCGGGGCUACCUGGUCAAUUGGGACAUUCAGAAAACGGUGUGGGACUACAUGUUCAGCUCGGAUUGCUGCCCGGUGAACUUUUCCGAGACGCCUUUGCUGGUAACGGAACCCCUGUUCAACUUCCAAUCGAUCCAGGAAGCCAUGCUGGAGAUUCUGUACGAGGAGUACGAUUGCGAUGCGGUUUGUAAGACGAAUUCCGUUGACUUGGUGGCUUUCAACUAUAAGCCGUUGUGCUGCGUGGUCGUCGAUAUGGGAUACAGCUUCACACAUGUGGUUCCUUUCGUGAAAGGUGUGAAGCAGAAGGAUGCCAUUCGGCGGAUCGACGUUGGAGGAAAACUGCUGACGAAUCAUCUGAAGGAAAUCAUUUCCUACCGACAGUUGAACGUAAUGGACGAAUCCUAUGUGAUAAACCAGGUCAAAGAAGACAGCUGCUUUGUAUCGCAGGACUUCAACGAAGACAUGCGGAUUGCCCGGAAGAAACCUCAGGAUAAUUCCAUCAUCCGGGAAUACGUCCUGCCGGAUUACACGCAGAUCCGCCGAGGGUACCUGAGACCGUACGAUCCAAAGAAUGCCGCCAAUGAGGAAUUGCAAACCCUAAGACUGAACAACGAACGGUUCGUUAUUCCGGAGGUGCUGUUCCAUCCGUCGGACAUCGGAAUUCAGCAGAUGGGGCUGGCGGAAGCAAUCGUGGAUGCAAUCAACAGUUGCCCGGAAGAAACGCGGCCGCAUCUGUUCGCAAACGUUGUGGUGUGCGGCGGAAGUGCACUGUUCAGUGGAAUGCAAGCGAGGAUACUGAAGGACGUGCGAGCUCUGGCACCGGAUGAGUUCGAGGUGAACGUUACCGUACCCAAAGACCCAAUAACCUACUCAUGGUACGGCGGAAAGGAAUACUCGCAGUCUCUCAGCUUUCUCAAGUCCUGCAUGAGCCGGAGUCAGUACGAAGAGCAUGGGAUCAAACAUUUGAUCGAGAAGUAUGACCACUAGGUUCGCGAACCACGGU